CUGUUGGCUCCAUGCAGCGGUCAUCUUAGAGUUGACUUGCUUCUUCAAUUCAGAUGGCGCAAUCAACAGAAGCUGAAGACUAAACCUCUGAGCUCGCUUGCUGUUCGUCUGCUCGGACUCAAGCCUUUAGUUCUUUAGUCUUUUGACUAGGUAGACAGCGGGGAUGUUACGACGCUGACCGGCGAUCGACAUUACUGCAGGUAGCAUUCGACUUACGUUUCGAGACUUACCAUAUCAUUUGUAAACUAUUCUCAUGAAUCCAAGCAGGAAACCUGAUAUUACGCACCUGAAGACCAUGCCAAGCAAGCUAGGCACCUUUUCUACAACGUUGGAUGCAGCCCCCGCCUCUGCGAUACGACACAACUGGGCCGUUCCGUCUGGUCCGCGCUGGGCGUACUCCAGACUCGGAGUUUAUUGGACUUCAUUUGGAAGUGUUUGAGGAGAUCAUUUGCCUGGCAAUGCAUGUUUCGUCAGAAAGGAAGCAGCCGACACCGGGAUGUCUUCCAUGUAGCCAAGCACUGUCUCCUCGUCUUUAAACCACCAUCCAGCUAGAUGAUUAUCGUCGACCCUUCAUUCCUUUCUCCACCAAUUUCCAGAGCUAGCACUUGGUUCACUUAAUGCAGUUGUUCACAUUUCAUCAUGAGAUUGAAAGCCCUGGGGAUAUUCUCUUUAGCCGCAAUAGCGCUCGCGACUGCGUCUGAAGGUUUAUACACUCAACUUCCAACCAAUCUCACAGAGGUCGACGUCAUAAUUGCAGGAGGAGGCACUUCUGGCAGCAUUGUUGCCUCACGACUCGCCGAAGCAGACCCAGCCCUGUCAAUUCUGGUUAUCGAGCAGGGCCAAGAUAGCUUCAAUGCCACAAACGUCAUCUACCCGGCGUUAUUCGAAAGGAACACCCUGCCCGAUUCCAAU